AUGCCCCCUCCGGACUCGACAUACGUGCCCUUUGCUGGUAGAGAUGGUGGCUCACCGCAGAGACCAUGGACUCCCUCGUCAAGAGUCUCCGAGUUUUCUCGCCCCCCGCCCACCAACCUCUCAUUCGAGCCCUCUGAAUUGAACGGUAACCCACGGCCAGGCACGCCGUCUUCAAGAUAUGGCGGAAGCCCCAGGCGCCCUCUGCCUCCUGCACCUCUCUUCUCCAACCCGUCUCGCGACUCGCAGGCCUUUGCCGACGACGCUACCGUGACUAUUCCCCUCGACGAUGAUGGCGACGAUGUCUUUGGCCCUGGCUCCGACCUCAGCGACUCUCGUCCUCUGCCGAGCACUCGCGACUCCUUCCAGUCAGAGUCUCAGGACACGCUCAAUGACAAGGAUGAGGAGUAUUAUGAAAAGGUCGAGCGCUACGGACCCGCACCCGAUGGUGCCCAAGAGCGACGAGGUGUCCGCGCCCCUCAGAUGUCGCGAAAGGAAGUCCAGCUCAUCAAUGGUGAGCUGGUUCUCGAGUGCAAGAUUCCGACAAUUCUGUACAGUUUUCUCCCCCGACGUGACGAGGUUGAGUUUACGCACAUGAGAUACACCGCCGUCACUUGUGACCCAGAUGACUUUGUCGAGAGAGGGUACAAACUCAGACAAUCCAUUGGUCGCACCACACGUGAGACAGAACUCUUCAUCUGCAUCACCAUGUACAAUGAGGAUGAAAUUUGCUUUACGCGUACCAUGCACGCUGUCAUGAAGAAUAUUUCUCAUUUUUGCUCCCGUUCGCGUUCCCGAACUUGGGGUGAGACCGGCUGGCAUAAAAUUGUCGUCUGCGUCAUCUGCGACGGUCGACCCAAGAUCCAUCCGCGCACGCUUGAUGCCCUCGCUGCAAUGGGUGUUUUCCAGCACGGUAUCGCCAAGAACUUUGUCAACAACCGUGCCGUCCAAGCUCACGUGUAUGAAUACACUACGCAGGUGUCCCUCGAUGCGGAUCUCAAGUUCAAGGGUGCUGAGAAGGGCAUUGUCCCGUGCCAAAUGAUCUUCUGCCUCAAGGAAAAGAAUCGCGGCAAGCUCAACUCCCACAGAUGGUUCUUUAACGCCUUUGGUCGUGCUCUCAACCCUAAUAUUUGCAUUCUGCUCGAUGUUGGCACCCGUCCUGGCGGUAAUUCACUUUACCACCUUUGGAAAGCCUUUGAUACCGAUUCCAACGUGGCUGGCGCUUGUGGUGAAAUCAAGGCUAUGAAGGGCAAAUAUGGUUCCAGUCUUCUCAACCCCCUUGUUGCUUCUCAAAAUUUCGAGUACAAAAUGUCCAACAUUCUGGACAAACCUCUCGAGUCCGUUUUUGGCUACAUUACUGUACUUCCCGGCGCGCUAAGUGCCUACCGAUACCACGCUCUGCAAAACGAUGAGCAUGGUCACGGACCCCUCAGCCAGUACUUCAAGGGCGAAACCCUUCAUGGACAGCAUGCAGAUGUGUUUACCGCCAACAUGUAUCUGGCCGAAGAUCGUAUUCUAUGCUGGGAGCUGGUUGCCAAGAGAGGCGAGCGUUGGGUCCUGAAAUAUGUCAAGGGCUGCACUGGUGAAACUGAUGUCCCAGAUUCCGUCCCAGAAUUUAUCUCCCAACGUCGGCGAUGGCUCAACGGUGCUUUCUUUGCUGCCGUGUACUCUCUCGUCAACUUUCGCCAAAUUAUCCAUACUGACCACACCAUUGCGCGCAAAGUCUUGCUCUACAUGGAAUUCGUCUACCAGGCUUGCCAGCUCCUGUUUACUUACUUUUCUCUCGCCAAUUUCUACCUCACAUUUUACUUUGUCGCUGGUGGUUUGACGGAGAAGGAGGUCGAUCCAUUUGGGCACAAUAUCGGAACAGUCAUCUUCAUUAUCCUACGGUACACUUGUGUCUUGCUGAUUGCUACCCAAUUCAUCUUGUCCCUGGGCAAUCGACCACAGGGCGCAAAGAAGAUGUAUUUAGCCAGCAUGAUCAUCUACGCCGUAAUCAUGGCAUACACGACAUUUGCGGUCAUCUAUAUUGUGAUACGGCAACUGACAGACAAGACUAAUUUGCACAAGUUCAACAUUGGUAACAAUGUCUUUACCAAUUUGAUCGUGUCGCUGACCUCUACCGUCGGUUUAUACAUUCUCAUGUCACUGGUCUACUUGGAUCCCUGGCACAUGAUGACGUCGUCUUUGCAAUACUUUAUGCUUUUGCCCAGCUACAUUUGUACGCUGCAAGUGUACGCCUUUUGCAACACGCACGACAUUACAUGGGGUACCAAGGGCGACAAUGUUAUCAAGACGGAUCUCGGCGGUGCCGUUGGCAAGGGUCAAACGGUCGAGCUGGAGAUGCCCAGUGAACAGCUCGACAUUGACAGUGGCUACGAUGAGGCGCUCCGCAACCUCCGCGACCGUGUCGCCGUGGCGAAGCCCAGCAUUAGCGACUCACAGCUUCAAGAGGACUAUUACAAGAGCGUACGCACGUACAUGGUGGUGACGUGGAUGGUGGCCAACGGUAUCCUCGCCAUGGCCGUGUCGGAAAUCUACAGCAACAAAGGCAUUGGCGACAACUUUUACCUCCGCUUCAUCCUCUGGAGCGUGGCCGCGCUCGCCGUUUUCCGUGCCCUCGGAUCCACCACCUUUGCCAUUAUCAACCUCGUCAACACCGUCGUCGAGGGUCGCAUACGCAUGAGCCUCAAGGCGCCCAAGUGGAUGGGCGGCUUGGGCGACAAGAUGAGCGAGGCGGCUAGCAGCGUCGGCAGCAGCUUGAAGCGCUGA